UAACAUUGUGAUACCAAAAACAAACACUUAUAUAAAUAAGAAGAUAUUCUAAUAAAAUGUUUAUUUAAAAUGAAUUAUUUAAUAAUUUACACACUCUUUGUGUGGCAAAUGUUUAACGUAAUCCUGGCAUUUACCGAAAAGGAUAGAAUAAAACAAUGUCCUUUUAGGGAAACCGUCAAUAUAACAAAUCAACAUAAAUUUGAAAAUGGUUCAGUUUUAUAUCAAGGCAUAAUAAUACCGCCCGAAAAGCAAGUUCUCUACGAUGCUGUUUAUUUUAUGGGCAACAAGACAUCGGUGCCACUGCAUUUAAGAGGUUGUAUUAGUGAGAGUGAUGCUUGGAUUAGUUUAUGUUGUGGACUAGAUGAGUACUACAAUGAUGGAAGAAGAAAAUGCGAACGGUUGAAAUCUAAGAUAAAUAUAACUUGUAAAUUUCAACAUUUUAAAAUUCAAGAAUUCUAUGAGUGCUGGGAGCCAAACGUAUUACAACAAAUUUCCGACAAUUGGACAUUUUAUGGGCAAGGAAUCAUAACACAAAAUAAAUAUAUGUUUUAUGGUGAAUUUUGUUUUUCACCACAAUUGUUGUCCUAUAAUUCUUAUAAAUUAAAUCCCUUCACUUGUCGCAUGGAUGAUGGUUUCAGCAAAAAACUUUUUAAUCAAUAUAAUUUGAAUAUAUCGUUAUUAUUUUUAAUACCCACGAUAUUGAUGAAUUAUCUCUUUAAGCAAUUGCGUAUUGAACUGGCCGAUAAACUAUGUUUUUAUUAUAUUACUUCAAUGACUUUGGGCAAUGUAAUUUUUAGUAUUCUUAAUAUUAUAUAUAAUUUGAAGGGAAAUAUUAUAGUGUUUGUUAUAUUGGGUUUCAUGGGUUAUUCUUGCCAUAUAGUGUCCCUUCUGUGGUUAAGUGUUUUGUGUUAUGAUAUUUGGCUGGAAAAAAAGAAUCCUAAUCAAUUGACUAUCUAUUCCUUAUAUGUUGGUUUCAGUACUUGUUUAGUAACGGUUUUUUUAAUUACUGUUAAAUUACCCUGGGUACGUGACAAUAUCUAUAAAUACACUAUUGAUGAAAUAUGUUUAUGGAAUGCUGAUAAAUGGUCUGCAUUAUAUUUUUACGGUUUAACUCUUUUAAUAUUAAUUUUAACUUGCCUCAAAUUUGCUCACUCGGCUUUAUUGAUUUACGAAAUACGUGGCGAUGAGGAAACAUUUAAAAACAAACGACAUUUAUUUAAACAAAACGCUAUUUUCAUUUCACGUUUAUUUCUUGUAUUGGGCGUUCCUUGGUUUGUUCACAUUCUGUCUUAUUACACUGUGGUUAGUAAUGAUUUUAGUGUUGUUUUUUUACUGGUAAAUUUUGGCGAUGGAAUUCAAGGCAUUUUUAAUUUUCAUAUUAUUCGUAUGGAGAAAUAAAGUUUGGGUUUAUUUUAAACAAAAGUUAACCUGUAAAGUUCGAACACCGCAAGAGGAUUGUAUACCAGCAUGGAUGACGGAAGUCUCUGGACAAAAUCCAUAAUAGUUGAUUUGUUUAUCUCCUUGGCCAGGAGAAGAUAUCCAUAAACAUAUUAUUUAGAUAUAAAAAAAAAUUCAAAAAACAAAUGUAAAUCAUUUUAAGUCGUAUUUUACUUACAACACGGUUAGUCUUGUGAAACUAUAUUGAAAAUAUAUUUAAAAAAAUGAAAUUAUUUUGAAAAUGUACAAGUUUCCCAGUGAAAACUUUCAUUACCAUGUAAGAGGUUAAAAUGCUAAA